GCCUGAAUGCGAGUCCAGCCGUGGAGUUGAAUUUGGUAACAAUCCCCUAUGUUUGACGUCAGACCAGGCUGCCCCUCCAAGUGACGUCAAUCCAAAUGCAGUCCGGACAGAACGCUCCAGCAAGCCGCCCUCGACUUUCGGAUUAAAGCAUUUGAACACUUCGUGGCAUCUUAAAUGACCUUGUUGUAGGUUUUUCAGUCUCAAACUCACUUUUCACAACACGAAGGACAACAACUGGCAUCUACGAUAAAAUCAAAAUCACACACUCAAGUUCAUUACCUCAACCUUCACACGGACCAAAAUGACUCAAUCCAAGGCCGACAAGAUCGAGGAGGUCCGCUCCAACCUCCCCCUCCCCGAGCAACCCCCCGUUGCCUCGGACUGGCAAUCCGCCGACGCCAGCAAGGUCAACGUUGGAUCCGGCCGCGACGUCACAAGCGAUGUCUCUACGGGCGCUGGUGCGUCUUCGGGUCUCCAGGAGCCCGCUUCUGUCAAGGAUGCCGAUCUGAGUGGUGUUGGUCGUCAGGGAAAGGAUGACCUGGAGGGUCCGCCGAAGGAUGCUGCGAAAUAAGGGAACUUACGUUUCACGGCUGGGGAGACAUUGAUAUGACAAUGGCGUUGGAUUAGAACCAAGGAAUUGGUUGUAAUCAUCAUAGGUCAUAUAAAUUGCAUUAAAAGCAUGCCUGGCAUGCGGCUCGCCAGUAUAGCUAAAUUCGAGGAUGUGAGAUAAUCGGAUGAACUGCCCAGACAACUCACCCAUACACAUUCAACCUUAAUAAAUGUUGCACUAUUUUCCGCAGAGAAAUUGUGUUCUCUCACAAUCCGCCUGUAUAAGUAUUCAUGCGUAUCGAAUGGAUGACGUGCU